UUUGGCUCAAGCCACAUCGCCUAAGAUAGGUGCAGAAGGCCGUGAAGCCAUGAAAGGCUGGUACAAAGGCGACUGGAUGAUGUGGGGGCCCAUGCCAUGGAUGCCCAUGCCCUAUCCCAUGGGCCCCAUGGACUUCGGCAAAGGUUACGAUUAUGGCAAAGGCUACGGAAAGGGCUUUGGCGCACCGAAAGAGGCCAGGGGCCUGGUGCGCGCGGUGGUCUCGGCACAAGUGGUUCCAGGUGGCAAAUGGAACAACGACGACAACACGCUGUUUGUGGGCGGGCUGCCCCCUGAUACCACAAACCUGGAGAUGUAUCAGAUUUUCUCCGCCUUUGGGCCGAUUGCUCCAAGGGGAGCUACAGCUCUGCUGGACAAAGACACCGGAAAGUGUACAGGCAUUGGUUUCAUCAAUUACAUGAAUGCCGAGGCUGCUGAGAAGGCCAUCCGAGCUUUGAAUAGUUGGCCUUUUGAAGAUGGUUCCAGAUUGACAGUGAAGAAGAAGGGGCCACCCAAGUCAAAAGGUGAAGGAAAAGGAGAUCGAGGAGACAGAGACCGCGAUAGAAGCGAGAAAGGUGAAAGAGGAGACAGAGACCAAUGACCUUCCUGGAUCCAGAUAUAGCUUCAUUAAGCAAACGCAGCAAACGCGUUGCGCGUCAAUGCCUCCAUGAUAUGUGAGGGACAUCGACUCAAAAUGCUGAGUGCGGGCAAGUGCAGACUAAACUACGUUUGGGUAGAAAA